CUCUUCUUUUUUUUCUUUUUUUUCCUCCUCGAAUUGAGAAUUUCACUUCAAAACGCGAGCUUCGUUUGGUGGUCACACGUCUGCUUCAGCUCAACAUCGCCAUGGAAGCACGGAUUCUUGCCGCCGUCGUUGUCGCCUACUACCUCGCUCAUAUUGCCCUAGCUGGCAGCUACCCGUACAAACCGGAAACCUGCCGGAGCUGCGUUCCCGUCAACUGCGGCUCGCCCCGCAAUCCCUGGGACCUGUUCGCCGGCAGGGCCUUCGGAGGUUCCAACUCCUCCCGGGGUCGGUACCCGUGGCACGCGAUUGUCUACGCUGACGGCGUUCCCAUCGGCGGCGGAGCUCUCAUCUCGUGCAAUCUCGUCCUGACAACGGCCUACCUGGUUCAAGACUACACGACGUCCCAGCUGGAAGUAAAACUGGGCAAGUCGAAUCUCAACGUCGUGUCCUCCACGGAGCGUAGCUACAAGGUUUACGACAAGGUUCUCCACCCGCGCUGGGACCAGGACGUGGACCUGUACAGCUUCGAUCUGGCGCUCCUUCAGCUGGACAGCGAGAUCGACUUCGCCACCACCAACGGUUACAUCAACGCCGUCUGCCUGCCGGACAAGCGCACGGACACGCAGGGAUUGCUGACGCUCACCGGUUUCGGUUACGACGACUCCGGUCGAGCCAACGCCAUCAUGCAAGAGGUGAACAUCAAGAAGCAGCCCAAGGACGAAUGCCCCCUGUUUCGCCACAAACCUUACGCCUUCUGCGGCGUCGGACGUAACGCUGGGAUAUGCACCGGUGACCGCGGCUCCCCAGUCGUCCAGCUCGGACCGAGCGGCCAGUUCACGCUGGUCGGCGUCGCCAACGACUACCAGUGCACGCCCGGAUUCCCUGACGUCUACACCCAGAUCUCCUACUUCCUCCAGUUCAUCUGCAACGUCCCCACCGGCUUCUGAGAAUGCUUCACUAGGCAAUAAAAAACACUGUCAAAUGCCAAA